AUGCUGAUCGUUGAAAAAGAAAUUGAGUGCUGACUGCAAAACUACUGGUUUACGUUUGUGCUGGAAUUUUAAAGUAAUUCAAUUAUUACGCUGUGCUUUUGUGAAAAUGAAAUUCAUUUUUGGUAUCCUGGUUACCUCGUGUUGGUUUUUUCAGAAAAAUUACUCAACGUACCAUGGCUUCUACUGUUACAGACGGUAAAUUCUCGCUGGUGGAUUUGUCAGCUGCCGAAGGGCCUUACGUUGCAACUGUGCCUGAUUUCUGGUUCAUUGAGGGCAACACAAAGUGUUACUAUCCAAUAUCAAGGGGUGAUAUUGCGGCAAUGAAGAGGGAAUCCGUGAAAUCAAAUUGGGAUACUUAUGGAUGCAAAACUUGCAAAUCUUUCAAUUCUUAUGAAGAAUCUCGAUCGAAGGAAAAUCAGGCUACUAUUCAGUCAGAUAUAAAUUCUGAGUCUGAUCAGCAUACACCAAUGGGGAGAGGUCAUAGGAGCAAUAAGAGGGCCCCUGGCAGAUAUCUGCAUUCAGAAACGGUCCAAGAUGAGCGUUCUUUAAAUGUUGAGAGUGAAGAUGAGAGUGUUGGAAUGUAUGGUCCCACUCCAAACCUUGCUCAGCAGACGUUCGUCACUACUCCUGUUAUCCCGCCUUUGCUGCUUUCUAAUGCGGUUUCCCAAACAGCAACUAAUUUGGCUAAUUAGAAUCAUCAGCCGUUUCCCUAUUGUAAAGAACCAAAACAAUUUAUUCUUUAUUAUUUUCAUUAUAUUUCCUACCCUUUAUUCUUACGUAACAUUAAUUUUCUAUACGCCCCUCUUUUCUAUGUAAUUUCUUCCUUAGACGUUUUACAGACUGAUUUACCCUUCAAACGUUUCAACUUAAUUUUCUUGUAGUUCGACCUUCAUGAAACCCGUAUAAAAACUUUUGUUCUAUAGAAAAUAGCGAGAGUCACUUUUCACAAAUCAGUUCCUAAAAGAGUUGUUCCCCAAUUUUUUGUGCUACUGAAAUAAACUUUACUAGAAACGACAAUGAAAAAGUAAGUUAAAAUAUUAAUAACUUACAUUUGGUGGCAGCGGA